AUGGGUCUGCUCCAUAUAUUCUUGGCGUGUGGAUUACUGAGAGGCAUCUUGGGGAUAAACAUGACCGAGGAGUGCAUUCCGAAGCUGGUCAGGGCCGAGACGGAGGACCCGGUGAUCCUGGACUGCAAGUACGAGAUGGGGUCCUCCCCGAACACCAGCCUGGUGAUCAAGUGGUACAUCGGCGACGACUUGCUGUACCAGUGGAUCUACGGGGACAAGCCGAAAGCCUCUCAAGAAUUUAAGAAGUACAUCGACGAGAAGUACAAGGCGAGCGACAACCCCGUGACCAUGUACAGGGCAGUGAAGUUGGUUCGGCCAGGACACGAGCUUUCCGGCAACGUGCGUUGCGUAAUUUCUACGCAGUACACGGAAGUGGAGGCCAGCAACAAGAUGUUGGUGUACUCCCCGGAAAAGCUCCUCCGAUUUUCACAUCCGAGACAAAACGGGAGUCCGGGCAACUUGACGUUAACGUGUCUGGCCGAAGAAUUGUACCCAAGUCCGACGAUUACCAUUCGUCGGGACCAAAAACCGAUAGAGAGGCAAGAACACAACUACCAGAACACCGCCGACGGUCGAUUUACCGUGGAAGCCAUCGCCCACGUGGAGGUGAACGAAACGCAACUGCCCACCACCUUCCAGUGCGAAGUCUCCAUCCCGGAAGCGAACUACACGUCGAUACGAGAGUACGUUUACAAUGGUGGAGACCUUCCUUGCUUAUCGUUACUAGCAGUCAUGGUCGGUGCCAUAAUAAUUAGCAGACAAUAAGGUGAAUUCCACGUGCAUUAAUGAAUGCACAUACGAGUCAUCUAAACAUUAAAUCUACUUAUAAGAAUUGAGAAAGUGGAUAUACCUCAAACGAGAAUAGCUUGUUCUUAAUUUCAACACGAC